GAUCAGUUUCAUCGUGGCACAUCAACACAGGGUUUCCCUCCAUACUUUCGUAGUCUGCUGCUAUAAGAUUCAUUUCAAUAUCGCCGGAAGCAACGAAUUUUAUCACGCCUGGCAGUACUGAAUACUAGUCCCUCCUCGCGUAGUCACAAACUCCAUAUCCACUCUCGUAUUGAAUGGAGGUCGUUCGUUUUGAAAAAUCUGUGCGCCCGCUAUAGUCUAUAUUCCCGCUAUCCUAAUUUUAACUUCUGACCUUAUCCACAUACGAUUGAAACGAGAACACCAACACAUAUGAUCGAACAGUGAAAACAAGCAGCCAGAUCAGCCACUAUGUCUAUUGUAUAUAGUAUGUCUAUUUAUACACGGCCACGAGUGUGUGCGGUUCGUGUUUGCCGCCAGCUUCUAGCGGAAGGCUAUCACAUGCGCCCCCGAAUAGUACUUCAGAAAAAUAAUCAACAGCCCGAAUGCACUCGACACAUUCAUACAGUAAGAACAAGGCUCAACAGCGAGAAGUCUACUGGGGCUAGUCUAAAAUUCAUACCCUCUGCACGUGCUCAUAAGGGCUCAUUGAGGUUAAAAACUCAGUAUAGACAUUCAUCCACAGUAACAACCAGCACAACAACAUCCUGCAGGACCCACACAUGCGGUGACUUGCGGGCGGCAGAUGUAUCCCAACAGGUGCAGCUAAGUGGAUGGGUAGUCACCAAAAGGACAUUUGGCAACGACAUGCGCUUCAUGCCUCUGCGCGAUGCCUAUGGUACGACGCAGCUGACGUACGCGAAGGGUGCUUGCAGUAGCGAUGUAUGGGAUGUGCUAGAAAAAGCCUCGACUGAGUCAGUCAUAAGCAUCACCGGGGACGUUCGUUUGAGGCCGGAGGGACAAUCAAAUGAUGAUAUGCCAACUGGGGCUGUGGAGGUGGUGGUCACCGCUGCGCAGCUGCUUGGGUCAUGCGAGAGUUUACCGUUUCCUCUAGAUGAUAACAAUGUGGGCGCCAACAUGGCCGGGAUUCGUAUGGAGCGCAGAUAUCUGGCCCUCCGCUCGAAUGCACUGCAGAAAAACAUUCGGCUGCGCGCGAAAGUCGCCAGCGCUACCCGGCGAUACCUGGAAGACCGCCAAUUUGUGGAGAUUGAAACGCCUCUCCUUUUCAGGCGGACACCAGAGGGUGCGAGAGAAUUUAUUGUACCCGCGCGAGCGUCGGGUACGUUCUACGCCUUACCACAAAGCCCGCAACAAUACAAACAGGUUCGUGUGGUCUCGAUUGCAGUGCCUGUGUGGGUGGCUUACAAUACGGAUGUCCGGAAAGGGUCACGACGUGGUCGACCGUUGCUUCUGCUCGUAGUUAAUUAA